UUACAAUGCGCUGACCUGAACAUCACCUGGCACGUCGGUGCACGCCUCGAGCAAAGUUCUCACUUUUCCAGGCAAGUUCGCAUCAAGAGCACCUGUUUUGUAACCGAAAUGUUCGAGCAGCCUCAAAAAGUAGCUCCAUGA